GUGAUAAAAUCCUAUCCUUACUCUCAAGCGAUGAAAUCAUAUCUUUAUUCUUAGGCGAUAAAAUCACACCUUUAUCUCCAGAUGAUGAAAUUAUGGGUAGUGUUGAUCAACAAUCUUUUUUAUUAGCUGAAAAUACAGUCUUUAUUAAAUUUUUACAAGAACUUGACCCUGUUAUCAUCUCCUAUAUCACCAAACACUUUCGACUUGGGUUAGUCAAGAGGGUCACAACCAAUAACACUGCGAAUAUACUUGCGAUGGGAUGUGUUCUAAAAGAAAAAAUGAAUAAUGAAUUUAGAAAUCAAAAUGUACAACAUUUUCACUGUGGCGCCCAUGUCCUUAAUAUUAUAGUUGAAGAAGAAAUAAAAUCCAUAAGCAAAGAAAUUUCUAAAGCAUGGGAGUUCUCUAUGAAGCUUUGA